AUGGUCCAGAAGAAGGAAAAAUACACAAUAACACUGGCAGCAGAGAGUCUCCUCUUCCCCUUUGGAAAUGCAUCCAUUCCACCUGCACAUAUCAAAGAGCCAAAGGUUGCCUGUAUGGUUGUCACAACCCCCAAGUAUCACAUGCUACGAGCUGUGCACGUCAUGGCAACUUGGGGUCGACAUUGCAACUGGAUUGUGUUCUUGACAUCAAAGAGAGACCCUUUGCUUCGUGAGGUAAUCAUCACCCCCUCGGAAGAUGAGAAUUACGAUCGACUGUGGUGGAAGGUCUCCCAUGGAUUCAAGAUGGUACAUAGCAAGUAUUUGGAUAUGGCAGACUUUUUUGUGAAGGCAGAUGAUGAUACUUACAUUGUCAUGGAGAACUUGAAGCAUUUUAUUAUGGCCAAGGAUCUGAUGGGUUUGGAAGAGCCUUUGUACAUGGGGCUCCAUUUGUUUCCUCUUCCUAAUUAUGAGUCUCUGAAGAAAGACCUCCCAAAGGGAUUCUUCAGUGGUGGAAAUGGAUAUAUUUUAAACAAGGCUGCUCUGGAUCUCUUGGUGAAAAAGGGGCUUGGCCCAUCAGGUGACUGUCAUCAAUUGGAAGAGCAUCAUGGUGAGGAUGUUGCAAUGGGACAUUGUAUGACUUCAUUAGGUGCGAAAUUUGUGGAUACAGACGAUCCAGAUGGACGACAUCGCUUCGUCCCCUACCUCCCUCAUGUCUUUCUCCCCUCGAGUCACCUUCCUGUCGAUGGUUCAUGGAUGGAAUCUCAAAUGCCAGCUGGUGUCUCUUUAGGUCUGCAGUGCUGCAGUCCAGAGCUUAUAUCCAUCCAUUAUGUACCUUCAAAUAUCAUGUAUUUAUUAGAAUAUCUCCUUUAUCAUGUGAGAGUGGCAGGAGUCCAUGGGAGGUGAUCCUUUCUUAUCAUUUGCAUUUUUUUGCAUUUCUUAUGAUUUGCUAGUUGUUACUUGCACCCUCUUAAAGCCAUGUGGGCAUUGCAUGGGAGGAGGUAGAGGUGCAUGACUAUCCUCCUCCCUUUGAAAAUAAAGGAAGAAAACAAGCAUGUGUAGGAGGCCCAAAAGUACAUGGCAAUUAGGAUGGAGUGCUUUAUUCUUAAUUUCCCUCAGGAACCCUUUUAUUUGAAUAUUGUUCCAUAUUUAAAGAUGAUCUUGCAUGCUUUGAUAGAACCCUUUUGGAUUGUGAUGAAUUGCCAUUUUAUAUGAUGGAG